AUGACAUUGGGUUUUCGGAAGUAUACUCUUAUCAUUUCAUUCAGCCUUGAAAGAUUCAGAAAGAAUCCCAAGAACAGGUGCUAAAAUAGCAAACAACAAUUCCUGACAUGGCAAGCGGCAUCAAUGCAAACAAAUGCCCUGUAAGAAUCUAAAGCAAAUAAGAAAAGAAAUCUUAUUCCCAACCAAAUUCCUUUGAUGCAACAAUCAGCAGUGCCAAUUGGUUUCCAUAUAGCAGAUCCCAAUUUCCCUCUCUUAAGACUGCUAGGAAAAACCAUGGAUUCUCAACGGGAGCUGAAUCAACCGAUCCUGAACUACCCCAUGCAUGAUCAGCUGCCACCCCCACCAGUACCCGAGCCAUCAGAAGUUACUCAUCGCCACCACGACGUGGACUCUAGACUCGAGAAAGUUCUGACAGACACCGACCUGUCAUUUUUCAACCGUCUCCGAUUGGCUUCAGGGAUUGAACUGAGGCUCCUCUUCCGCCUGGCAGCGCCUGCGGUUUUUGUUUAUAUGAUCAACAAUGCCAUGUCCUUGUCCACUCGUGUCUUUUGUGGCCAUCUAGGCAAUCUGGAGCUCGCUGCCGCCUCUCUUGGCAACAGCGGCAUCCAACUACUUGCUUAUGGCCUUAUGCUAGGAAUGGGAAGCGCUGUGGAGACUCUAUGCGGACAAGCUUAUGGGGCUCUUAGAUAUGACAUGUUAGGUGUCUAUCUUCAAAGAUCAACGAUUGUCCUUACUCUAACCGGGAUUCCACUGACGGUGGUCUAUGUCUUGUCCGAGCCAAUCUUGAUCUUACUAGGGGAAUCGACGGUGGUUGCAUCUGCCGCUGCUGUUUUUGUCUAUGGUUUGAUCCCUCAAAUCUUCGCUUACGCUGUGAACUUCCCCAUACAAAAAUUCCUACAAGCUCAAAGCAUUGUAACUCCGAGUGCAUACAUAUCAGCUGCGACGCUUGGGGUGCACCUCCUGCUGAGUUGGCUGGCAGUGUACAAGCUGGGUUUGGGGUUGAUAGGUGCGUCUCUGGUGCUGAGCUUAUCAUGGUGGAUCAUAGUGAUGGCCCAGAUCGCGUAUAUCUUGAUGAGUGAAAAGUGUAAGCUUACAUGGGCUGGGCUUAGUUUGCAAGCCUUUUCUGGGCUUUGGGCCUUCUUGAAAUUAUCGGCUGCUUCCGCCGUGAUGCUGUGCUUGGAAACCUGGUACUUUCAGAUACUGGUCUUGAUUGCUGGUUUGCUGGAGAACCCUGAGCUUGCAUUGGACUCUCUUGCUGUCUGCAUGGCAAUAUCUGGGUUGUUGUUCAUGGUUUCAGUCGGGUUCAAUGCAGCUGCAAGUGUAAGGGUCAGCAAUGAGCUGGGAGCCGGGCAUCCCAAGUCGGCAGCAUACUCGGUUUUCGUUGUGACUUUGGUAUCCUUCGUCAUUGCUGUAGUGGAAGCUGUUGUUGUCCUUGCUCUACGGGAUGUCAUAAGCUAUGCAUUCACGGAAGGUGAGACCGUGGCAAGAGCUGUGUCGGACCUGUGCCCGUUCUUGGCUGUCACUCUGAUUCUUAAUGGGGUUCAACCUGUCCUGUCUGGAGUGGCUGUUGGAUGUGGAUGGCAAGCAUUUGUAGCAUAUGUAAACGUGGGAUGCUACUAUGUGGUUGGGAUCCCAUUGGGCUGUGUUCUUGGCUUUAAGUUCAGCCUUGGUGCAAAGGGAAUAUGGUUCGGGAUGCUAGGAGGAACAUUUAUGCAGACCGUCAUCUUAUUGUGGGUGACAUUUACAACAGAUUGGAACAAAGAGGUGGAGACAGCAAAGAAGCGGUUGGACAGAUGGGAGAACAAGAAGGAGCCUCUUCUUAAGGACUGAAUAUUGAAGAAACCGUUAAGCCUGCCUGCUAUGCAUCAAAAAUGAAGAUAUGGGCACGAAUUGGAAAAUUGAUUGAUUACCGCCCACAAUAAACCAUCACGAACUUGCUGAUGAUCAUAAUCAGGAUAACCUGUUAAAUAAUCAAAUGGUUUUCUACUAGCUGAUAUGAGUUGUGACAAUUUCCCUUGGCCAAAUAAGCCCUGAAAUAUGGUUACGCUUGAACUCUGAGUCUAGAGUUUUGAUUGGUUGAUUCCAGAAAACAGAAACAAUUAAUGUUCCCCAUUGUGCUCUAAUUUAACUACGUAAUUCAUCAAA